ACAUCCUUCUCGCGGUCUCUCUCUCUCUCCUCUUCAUCCAGUUCACUUGUCAGCAGCAGCAGCAGCAGCAGCAGCAGCAGCAGCACAGAGCCGUUGCACUGCUGCAGUGCUCUGAUGUCCGAGCGGAAACUUACGGUGCAGCCCGCAAACCGAGGAGGAUGGCAAAGAACAUACUUGGUAAACUUGACGUUGUGAAGGAACCGCUCUCUGCGUUUUUUUUUAAGCUUGCCCCAUGUGAACUGAAUGAAAACCUACCUGGCAAACACUGAAGUCCUAAGUGGAUUGAAGAAGACUAGUGAGGGAGUCGAAGAGGGAGGGAAGACAGAAGGGAUUAGCAGCUAAUCCCAUGCACGGACAAUCCUGAAGGAGCUUUAUCGUUCUUCCAGAACGAUGCAGACAAAACAGUUACUGGAUUACACUGCUUUACUUUAUUGCUCUUUCCAAGAGCGCAUCGUCCCUCUUCUCCUUUUGCCCUGAUUGCUUUCAUUGCUUCUCAAAGAUUUUGCCUCUUUGGUGCAGAAGGACCAGGGAACAGAGGACAAAGAAGGCUGGGGACAGGACGUCCCGCGGACAUUGCGGUGCCACACAUGGAUAAAUCUUUUCAGUGGACCCUCUGUUUUUGGUUUGCGUGGACACUAAGGAAGACAAGUGGUGAACAACGCACUGGAUAAGACACUUAUGAGCCUCUCAGAACAAACAAUUACUGCCAUGGACCCCAGCCUGGAAUUCAGACUUGACUGACGUGCAAUCAGAGUCCAGGCAAUUUCAUUUCAUUUUCAAGGGAAAUUGCUCAACUUUUCUUUGCCACCAUGAGUCUUGGAAAGCUGCCAGGGAUUAAAGGCCUUGUGUCUGGCUCUCAAGGGAAACGUCGUUUCAAGAGUGACCUCUCUGUGGACAUGAUCAGCCCACCACUGGGAGACUUCCGGCAUACUAUGCAUGUCGGUCGUGGUGGGGAUGUAUUUGGCGACACUUCCUUCCUCAGCAACUAUGGGGGCAUCAGGGAGCCAGGAAGCCCAGACUCAGCAAGCAGCUCCAAAACAAGGGGAUUCUUCACACGCACCUUUCGGCAUGUACGCAAAACGUCUGGGCCGCGGCAGCGAGGGGGUUCCCGGGAUUUGUCGUCCCCACCGCCAGAUGUCUCACCUAUCAUCAAGAAUGCCAUCUCUUUGCCCCAGCUGAACAUAGACUCUCCCAAUGGGUGCCUGCAGAGGGUGCUGUUCCCCAGCUCCAUCAGUUCAACAGAUGAUUCUUUCUGCACAUAUGGUCUGCAGUCCGGAUUCGUCACUCUGCCUCGCCUCUCUCGCCUCGACAGACAAUUCCAAGGUGGAGACGUGCAGAAAGGCUCUGUGCUGGACAGCGACGGCCUCACACGUGCACGCUCUGACUCACUCACUUCCUUCACUGUGGACCUUGGACCUUCUCUCAUGGCUGAGGUGUUGAGCUUGAUUGAUGACCCCAACCGCCUUCACAUAUCAAAACACAGCCGAGAGGCAGGGGAGGAAGAGCAGGAAGAGGAAGGAGAUAACAACAGCUCACUGACAGAGACGCCUGUGCAGACCCCACCGGUGACCUCACCCGACCUUUCCGUCUGCAGUGGUUCAUUCAGGCAGGACAUGAACAAAAGGGGAUGGUCUUGUACUUCUGACUUGACAGAACAGGAGGAAAAUCAGUCUGUAAGGACACCUGAUGCAUCCGCUAGGUCUCCUCAUAGAUCGGAGCCUGUCAUGGAGGCAGAAAGGUUCCAGAAGGCUGCUGAUGUGCUGUCUCGCCAUUACGGUGGAGGGUCCUUCACAAAGGGAGUAAGGAGGAGCAGUAGCAGUGCAAAUCAGUCUAUUUCCCAAAGCCAUGAAACUAUAUGCUCCUUAAGUGAAGAAGAGGAAGAGAUCAAAGUCUAGAUGUUAAAGCUUAAACCUUACAGUGACUUGGGUUCAUGUGUGACGUUCUGUUCCUCAGCAGAAACAUGCUCCAUCUUCUCGCGUACACACUGCAUACAUGAAGGUAACUGAUCAACUACAAGGCUCAGGUCUGGAUUCAGCUUCUGAAAGGAUGAGGUUGAGUUCAGCCUUGAUGCCGGACCUCCCUCUCUUUCUGGACUACAUUGCUGUUGUGAUAUUAAACUGUUUAUUUAUGUGUUGCUUUUCAAUAUACAGACAACUAACACUAUGUAAUCGUGAUUUUCUGCAACAAAUUAUUUACAGCAAUACAGAGGUUUACCUUCACAGGGCCAAGGUAUCAAAGGGAAGCGGGGAUUUAAAGGACCAAAGUAACUGCAUAGUAUUUCCUUAUUAAUACAUUACUACAUUCACUGUAAAUGAAUUAUCAUAAAGGACUUUUUUUUUUUUUUACAGGUGUUGAAUUCUAAUACUAAUCAAAAGUCUAUAUGCUGACCUCCUGUAACAAUUAUAAUGCUCAUUAAACAUAUAUCAGUAUUAGACUUGAUUUUGUAUACAGUGUGGGCCGGUGUAAUAAAAGACAGAUUUAAAACAGACCCAUGUUGUGAUGAAAUGUCUGUUUAUGUUCUUCAUUAAU